CGAGAUAUCAGCUCGGGAUCACUACUCAGUUUUGUGAUGUUGACUUUUUUGAAGGCCUUAUAGGACAAAAAAUAAGAGUCGAUUUUUCAGAGGGGAGGAGAUACGUUGGGAACGGAAAGAUCCUUGAUACGGAUCUAGUGGCUGAUAACGGUGUUAUUCAUGUGAUCGACAGAGUAUUGGAAGUUCCAAAGGAUGCCUGGACGACAUUAUCAUCGAUCGACCUCAAACUCUAUGUCAAUUAUCUUCAAUUAACGGGACUCAACGAAUAUAUCAAGAAUAGGUAUCAUAUAACUGUGUUCGCCCCGACAAAUGAUGCAAUCAGACAUCAAUUCAAGCCCUAUGAAAGGGAAUAUUUCAUUGGAGAAUGCGGUGGGGGACUUCGUGACUUGGGUCGUCUCGCCAAACAUCAAUUACAUUUUGAUAAUAUCAUUUACACCUCAUCCAUUGAACAAGGUUCUUCCGAAAUCGGAACGGAACAAGGUGAACCUUUAGAAAUCAGACGUGACGAAAAUAAUAUUCACGUUGCUAAUGGUUUAAUUACCCUCAAGGAUGUACUGGCUGAAAAUGGUGUUAUUCAUGUCGUUAGUAAUAUCUCUGCUCCCCGCGAAAUCUUUUUUAAUGCCCACAAGUACCUAUGUGGAUUGAGGGCUACUAGAAUGGUCGCAGCGUUCCUCAAAUACAACCUAAAAAACAGUAUAGAAAAUUUAACUGCUCCUUACACAAUUUUGGCUCCACAAAAUGAAUUUUAUGAUGACAGUGUGGUGGGUCUUGAGUCUUCGAGAUACCAUAUUAUCGAAGGAAAAUAUAAAAUUAUUGACUUUAGUAAUAAGAUGCUUGUCAAAACUGAAUUGAUAACUAAAAGGUUGCGAGAUCACAGACAAAGAAUAAAAGUCGGGGUCAAUUCUAAAUUGAAAAAAAACGGGGCGACCAGUGUUAAUGUUCAAUUUAAUGAUGCAGGUGUUGUGGGCGAUCCUGUCGAAAUUGGAAAUUCCAUCAUUUACAUAUUGUCCAAAACCCUGUCUCCACCGAGUGACAUUAUAUCCUUCGCCAUGCGUGAAAAGCAGUUGAGCGCUUUUGUUAGUGCCGUGUACGCUAGCGACAUGCUGUCAACCGUUCAAACCAGUGAAUGGGUUACCGCUUUUGCUCCGACCAACAAUGCGUUUAUAAAUUUGGGGCUUCUCACUAGCUAUCUGUUGCAUCCUGACGGUAAAGAUGACCUUCGUGAUGUUGUGGAAUAUCAUAUGCUUAAUGAAUCAGUGUACACCGAAGACAUUCCCCAAGGCACAUCUGAAUACUGGACAAUCGACGGUGCCUCAUUGACUAUGUUUCGUGAGGAAGAUAAAAUAAGCGUCAAUAUUGCGAACGGCACAGCAAACAUCAUUCGAAGUGACAUUCUUACCUCAACCGGCGUUCUCCAUGUUGUCGAUUCCGUCCAAUUACCCCCGACGUUGCACAUCACCCUGGGAAAGAUUCUCAAGGGGAUUGGUGCCACCACAAUGAUGAAUCUAUUCAAGGUUGCUAAUCUUUCUUUACUCUUAAACGAUCCUGUUGAUCCGUAUAUUAUUAUUUGUCCGACAGAAGAUGCCUUCAAAAAAGUCAACAUCACAAAACUGA